CCGAUGAGCAGACAACCGACAUUUAAAUAUAUUCAUAAUAUCGCGGUCUGCCGGUCUUUGGGCUAGUACAGGUGCAAUUCCUUCCACGUUGUGUAGGCUUCUUUUUGAUUUCAUAACCCAAAUUGCAUAGAUGACCUACUAUAGACUAACGGAAUAGUUGGGAACAUGUAAUUACACCUUCCCUUCUUCGCCCCUCUCUUUUCCACAUCUCUCUCACGUACACACACAAUCGGUGGAGUUGAGUCGGCUAGGUUAACAUCACUCGUUGCUAGUUGAGUGUUGGCUUCCACCAUCAGGAAAUGGAGGAAUGCGUGUGUAGCGAGCGACACAGAGGGAGGGGAAACUGACAAGACGUUUACUGCAAGUCCCACACAGAACUUGAGCGAGGUCUCCCAGUUCCAGCGGCAACACUUGAAACAAAAAGAUGAGUGACGAAAAUAGACUUCAAGUUGAACUUUUUGUGAAGGCAGGCAGUGAUGGCCAGAGCAUUGGCAACUGUCCAUUCUCCCAGCGCCUCUUCAUGGUGCUGUGGCUCAAAGGAGUCACUUUCAACGUCACCACCGUGGACAUGAAGAGGAAACCAGAGAUCCUUAAGGACCUGGCCCCUGGUGCUCAGCCCCCCUUCCUGCUCUACGGGACGGAGGUGAAAACCGACACCAACAAGAUAGAAGAGUUCCUGGAGGAGAACCUGUCCCCUCCAAAAUACCCCCGCCUGGCUUCCAGGAACCCUGAGUCUAACACAGCCGGCCUAGACGUGUUCUCCAAGUUCUCAGCCUACAUCAAGAAUUCAAACCCCCAGCUCAAUGACAACCUAGAGAAAGGCUUGCUCAAGGCACUGAAUAAGCUAGACAAAUACCUUGGCUCCCCACUUCCUGACGAGAUUGAUGAGAAUAGUGCUGAUGAUGUCACUUCCUCCUCCCGUCCCUUCCUGGAUGGGCAGGUCCUCACUCUGGCCGACUGCAACUUGCUUCCCAAGCUGAACAUUGUCAAGGUGGUGUGUCUGAAGUAUCGCACUUUCUCCAUCCCCAAGUCUCUCUCCAACCUGUGGCGGUACCUGGAUGCUGCGUACGCCCACGAGGAGUUCUCCUCUACCUGCCCCAACGACACAGAGAUACACAUCGCCUACUCAGCCGUGGCUAAAGCACUUAAGUAGGAGGACAAGGAGAUCCCAUCAGUCACACACACACCAGCAAAUACACACAUAUCUGAUCAGAUAUCCUAGACACACUCACCAAUGCACUCACACAUACAGGCACUCCCUCAGACACACGCACACCAUUCCAACAGUCUUUCUUGAGAACAGGAAAUCAAUAUCACUGUAAGAUCAAGUUGAACAUUUUUCAUUGGCCUCUUAAGAGUUUGUGAAACUCUCUGAGGCGUAUUUAAAAAAAAACAUUUACCUUUAUUUAACCAGGCAAGUCAGUUAGGAACAAAUUCUUAUUUUAAUGACGGCCUAGGAACAGUGGGUUAACUGCCUGUUCAGGGGCAGAAUGACAGAUUUGUACCUUGUCAGCUCAGGGGUUUGAACUUGCAACCUUCCGGUUACUAGUCCAACACUCUAACCACUAGGCUACCAUAGUUUAUGGUUCACUUUUUGUCACGUGGCACAUCCACUGUUAAUACUGUGUAUUCAGGGGCAGUUUACACACAGUUAAAGUUGUAUACACGGGCAGUCGGUUACAUAUGGUUGCAUCCAACUGAACGUAUAGUAGUCUGCUCAGUCUCUAUGAUUAAUUCUGCACUGCAUACAUUGCCACGUUACCCCCUAUUAGUUUCCAUCUCUCGGCCAAGCCAUAAAAAAAACUGUUCCUGUUGUGAUCACACACAGAUACGCAUACCUAGACCAGUUUAACUGCUACCUGCAGCUGAAAGAGAGAGGUUAGUUAUAGGCGUGUCUACAAUUAUACAUUAUUACCAACAUAUUAUUACAGUGUUGAUAUAUUGUUCAGGGCAAACAGCCGUUAACAGGGUGGAUGACAUGGUCAGUUUGAACCAGUCAUUUUAUACAUGCUAAAUGGUCAGAAGUUAGGCUCAGGGAACGGGAAAGCAGGUCUUGGGCCAAUUGGGGCACACUAUACAGAGGUGUUUCUCAGCACACAUUUAUCCACACAGAAAACGAUUUCAACAGAUCUCGGCUUCUCCUUUCUCCGGCUUGUAGCGCUGUGAAGGGUUUAUCAAGCUUAUGUCCCCAUUGUAAGGCUCUUUUGCUAGUGAAUCAACUCAAAUUGUAUUUGUCACAUGGGCUGAAUACAACAGGUCUGUAGACCUUACAGUGAAAUGCUUACUUUACACGCCCUUCACCAACAAUGCAGUUUUAAGAAAAUACCUUUAAAAAAAAGUCAAGAGAAUAAAAUAACAAAUAAUUAAAGAUCGGCAGUAAAAAAAACAAUUGCGAGGCUAUAUACAGGGGGUAAUUCAAAGUGAAGGAUAUUUUUGAUACAAUAAAAAAAAAACUGUGAGAGGCUCAUAUUGCAGAGGAGUUGAGUUACUCCAGACAAAGUAAUAUGGCUAUUUUCGCUGCUUUAUGUGAACUUUAGGUUAUUGAGGAAGUACUUGACUCUGUAUGGCCUUGAGGCACCAAGCCAGUUCAGUCAUGUUUCACUGUAAAUCUGAAGGAAAACUACAGGAUGUAAUGCAGACGUGCACACACCUCCUCGCAUGACUAAACCAUAAACGUCACAUUCAUACAAAUUUGAGAUGCUCUUUGCAUAGAUAACUGAAACUGAAAUCUCCAAGGGGAGAAUGCUACGGGGUUGUGAGUUUGUACUCUUUGAUAUGGUUAAUGACAAUGGAAGACUCAAUUAAACUUGAAAAAAGAAAAGCGUUUGAACCUUUAGUGAGCCAAAGGAAGGGUUUUACUUGAGGCCUAUUGAGGUGGGUGUUGUUUAGGUUGUUUAAAUCGACAACACCUUUGAACCUACUACCGUCCUGUGCUUUGUAGUGCACACUUUGAAGUCUUCCAUUUUACCAGUGACUUGAAAUUCAGUCCCCUGGGAAAGAACUGGAAAUAUUUGUUUGGGUUCUAUACAAUACAUAUCAGCGUAUCAAGUUCAGGGUUACAGCGUGAUUGACAUUUAAAGGCAAUGUUCCGGCUUUAAAGGAGAUUGUAUUCACGCUAUGCCGCUCAAUCGGAAAUGAGCUUUCUAUAGUGCAAACUUCAGCGAAACAGAUUGAAUAGAGCGCUCAGACUGACUCAUAGAUGGUGCAGUCUCAUGGUGCUGACUUAAGUGGAUCAGCUUAAAACAGCCUUGUUUUAAGCUGAUCCAAUUUGAGUGUACAAAACCUUUGUGUACAAAACAUUAGGAACACAUGCUCUUUCCAUGACAUAGACUGACCAGGUGAAUCCAGGUGAAAGCUCUGAUCCCUUAUUGAUGUCACCUGUUAAAUCCACUUCAGAUCAGUGUAGAUGAAGGGGAGGAGACAGGUUAAAGAAGGAUUGGAGACAAUUGAGACAUGAAGUGCGGUGACAUGCACAAAAUAAUAUGAUUAUUGUGGAUAGUCAAGUUAAUAUAGUAGUUUGCUUAAAACGUUUACAUGCUUUGCAAGAAUACCAAUUUCCCUAAUGAUCCUGUUUACAUGGACACAUCUGAAGUCAGGCUACCUGAUGGGACUUUUGAUGAAUGCAGAAAAUAGCCAAUCAAAAUAAACAUUCUACCACAGUAA